AUGAGAGAAGAUAAGAGAGCUAGAUUAAUUCGAGAUUUGAGGAAGAAGAAGAAUAGAAAAAGAAAAGGAGUAAACGAGGAAGCGAAAGAUAAGAAGGUGGAGGAGCGAAAAAGAAAAGAGAGAGAGAAAGAGAUAAAAAAUCAAGGGAUUACUCCCUACCAAAUUAAUCUCCCAAGGGAAGAGAUAAAGCCGAAGAAGAAGAAGAUGAAGAAGAAGAAGGAGAAGAAGAAGAAGAAGAAGGAGGAGAGAAGAAGAAGAAGAAGAAGGAAGAAGAAGAAG